AUGAAGAAGGCAGCGUUCGUGGUGGAGCACGACUUCAUCAUGGCGACCUAUCUGGCUGACAGAGUCAUCGUGUUUGACGGUAUUCCCUCCAAGAAGACCGCAGCAAACACGCCUCAGGGUCUGUUAGCGGGGAUGAACCGGUUUCUGUCGCUGCUGGAAAUCACAUUCAGGAGAGACCCGAACAACUUCAGACCGCGCAUCAACAAGCUCAACUCCAUCAAGGUAUUUACACCUGUGAAUUCACUUUACAUGAGUGUGUUAAGAUGUAAGACAGAAGAACCAUCAGAAAUCUGCUUUUUUAUAAUUAAAGCUAUGCAUUUCAUUUAUCCAGAGCUUUUCUAG